GCGUCACUCAAACGUACGAACACUGACUGCAGAUGAAAUGCAGUAUGGCGGAGCGUCACUGAAAUCAAACAAAACUGUAUGAAAUUCAUCGGGAUUAAAGCCCGGAAUCCUGCCGAUUCAUCCCACAAUCCGCCCGAUCUGCGAUUAUAAUCACAUACGGAUUCACGGCUCGAUAAAUCGCGUUCUUUGUGUUUGUUGUUAGAGGUGUUUUUGUUUAUCGGAGACCCCGCGAUACUUUAUGAGCACAUUAUAAGACAAACACGCUUAUUAUUAUUUAUUUUUCGUCUUUAUUACAUUCGUCACAUUUAAAUUACGAUUCAUUCUUUAUUAAGCGCGCAAAUCUUCACUUUUCGUGCAGAAAUCUAACCAGCCCUGUACAAUCACAGGCGUGAAUGUAAAGGCUUGUUUAUUAUUUGACUAAACAUCAAAACGAUGGAGAAAAAGCAGCAUAAAUCAGACAAACAUCAUCAUCGCCACCACCACCAUCAUCAUCAUCAUCAGUCCUCGAGCAGCAGCAGCAGCAGCGGGGAGUCCGGCGGCAGCAGCCCGGCCCACGGUGCGCCCAAAGCGGCCAACGCCUUCGCCAACGACGGCAGCUUCAUGGAGAUGUUCAAGAAGAAGAUGGAGGAGGAGGAGAGGAGGAAGAGAGAGACUGAGGAGCAGGAGAAGACGAAGAGUCCUGCUCCGGCAGGUCAAGCGGCUCAGGACAAGAAGCCCUGUAGCGUGAGCAGCAUUGUGGGCAAGCGGAGGGGAGGCGCGCGUUUGGCCCUCAAGACCGGGAUGGUGGCCAAGAAACAGAAACUGGACUCUGAGGUGGAGGCUGGAAAAGGAGAUGCCUGGACUAAAUACAUGGCUGAAGUGAAAAAGUAUAAAGCGCAUCAGUGUGGAGACGAUGAUAAAACCAGACCACUGGUCAAAUAGACUGGAGCUCUUCUGUGGACACGGGCCGCACUGCCACAUCCUCAUCCUCUCACACACACACUGAUGUUAUUCACGCUGUCCUUCUCUUUUCCUUCAAGUCCUUGUUUCCAGAUUGAGUUUUACCUUGUGCGCCGUAUUUGACCGUUUGUUGGGUUCUGGUUAAUUUUAUGACAUUAUUUACAGUGUAUUCUUUAGUCCAUGGCAUUAGAAAGAUCUCCUUCCCCUUGUUGAUAUUUUGUACUCGACAUGUUUGGUACUUGAAUGUCAAUUGAUCGAGAUUGAUGAUGAAAUUAAAGUCACAGUACCACA